CGCAUGUCGUACCCCCCGGCAAAGCUGCAGCUGCAUUGAACAAGUGUGUGAGUUCUUACAAGCUGGGAUCAAAAAGAUGGCCACCUCCCUCUUCGACAGCAGCCUUUGCUGCCUUAGCCGUACUCGAUUGUCUCCGUACGCACUUGCCUUUCGAUCGCCAUUGCCACCUCGAACCAUUUGUCUCGCCACACCCUCGGUACGAUUACGGACUGUGGAAACACGUCCACAGCAAUUCCCAACGCACAAUGGCUGCGUCGACUCCCCGCACGCGCGACCAGCCCGACAUAAGGGCGAGGAUAAGCAUCACCGACGAAUCUACCCAAGAUAUCAGAGAACGACUUCAAGAGGCAGAUCAGAGACAGAGGGCUCUACGUUCACAACAAUCAUGGCACUCUGCAGACGCGAACAGUGCUCUGCAGCGAGCGGUCUUGAGAAAGACACGGACCAUCCCUUAUCGCCAGUCUCGUCUGAGCGACGAUCUGGUCUCCGAUGCUCUGCCAUACCCACUGAAGCGGUCCAACAGUUUCAACUCGCUGUCGACUCUACAACGGGAAGCAGAUGGCGCUGCAUUGAGCAUGUAUAGAGGGUCCCCCAUAUCCGCCAUCAGCCCACCUUGUGUUGGCCCAGCAUAUCGACACUACAGCAUCGACUCUGAAGAUCAAGACCCAUGCCCACCACGAGCACCGGCCAAAGUUGAAAUACUCAAUGCUCAACGCAGAUACCUGACGAACUGGAAAAAGUCGAUCAAGAAGAGAAAGACGCAGAAAGCGUCUGUCAAAAGUCAGAAAGACAACGAACACAGGCGAGCGGCUUUGGUGAAUGCGGAGGUGAAUUCGGUCCAGCACAGACAUGAGUCUAGUACCGGACAAAGCUUGCCUGUGCGCACCAAGAGUUCCAAAAGCAUCGCUUCACAGGUUGUGAAGACGCUUAGCCUAGGCAAAUUUGGACGCCCUGGAAAAUCGAACACCACCGAUCCGCCAAGCUGGGCCGACUUUGACAGCAAAGAUGAGCUUCGCAAAUGGAUGGAAAGAUCACAAUCUACGUUGGAAAAUGCACAAUGUGACCUCCCGGCUGAACUUCCUGCCGAGCUUCCUCAAUACACUCCAUUUCAAGAUUCAACCCGGACCCAACACAAUGAGCCCGCACUCCUACUGGAGGAUACUCCGGCCCAUAGAGAAAAGGACGACGUGCUGUUGUCGAAAGAGUCGGAGCUGGACCCAAAACCAUCAAGGAGCAAUUCGAAGUCGAUGAGGUGUGAUCACUGCCAGAACCCGAUUCGUCUCAACCAGCUCUAUUACCAUUGCUCUAUCUGCGAAGAUGGUGAUCGUAUACUCUGCUCCGCUUGCGACCAAGUAGGGUGGAGUUGUCGCCAUGAUAUUACAGAAAAGAUUCGAAGUGUUUCUCGCGCGAUACCGUCGCGCAAGGUCGAAUUGGAACCAGCCAUAAAAGGACGAGCCCGUGCCGAGUCACAACAAUGUGCGGCAACAUUGUGGGAAUCAACCAUCACGCCCAAAUCCUGCCCUGAAAGCGAUCGCCCAACAGAAAGUCAGUCUCAUGGUAGGAAAUCCCCGUCACCUCUGACUACGCCUAGUGGAGACCAGCCCAAAACUGCUUCGCAAAAUGGGUUUCCUUGGAACUGGGGCGAAAAUAGAGAUUCCGAGCUUCGUCGACGCGAAUAUGGUCUAGCUGUUCGCGAGAAGGAGGUUGCCUUUAGGGAGAAAGAAGCCAGCAUACGAGAACAGCAAGCAACCUUACGAGAACGAGAGGCCACGUUGGAAGUCAAAGAACAGCUAUUCACCCUUCAGCUACAGGCCGCCAUAUCGAAGCAAAAGCAUGAAGCAUUUCUGGCAACGGGAGCCCAAUUCGAGGACGGCCACGUCAGGACCCAUGCCAACAAGCGGAAACAAUCCGGCGGCGGACAGAGCGGGCUGUCACCGGCCAACUCAAUUACAUCCGGCCAAAGAUCACCACUGAAACGGUCUUCCAGUGGUGGGCACGGUCAAGAUCCUUACGAUGAUGAUGAGGAAGAGAAUGGUUCUGGAACGCCGAAGAAGUUGAAACACGAACCAGAGUCCAUGCAAUCCCCCGAGAAAUUGUUUGCUUGUCCCUUCUGCAAGUACGACAAAGACAGAUAUUCGGAACGAAACGUACAAGAAAAACAUUAUCGCGGUUGCGCCAGUGGCUAUUGGCCGGAUAUCUCCCGAGUGAAGCAACAUCUGUACAGGGUCCACUGGCGGCGCAUUCAUUGUGUUCGCUGUUUUACUAAAUUCGACAGGAAGGAGCUUCUAGAUAAACAUGUGAGAGAGUCUCAACCAUGUGGUCUGGUAGAAUGCCCUUGCCCGGAAAAGUUUGACGAUGGCCAAUACAACGACAUUCGCCGCAAGAGGCCGGCGAGUACACCCGAGCAAGUAUGGUACAUCAUUUACAGCAUAUUGUUCCCGGGACAGCCACAACCCAGCAGUCCAUACGCAGACAACAUGGGUUCGCAAGUGGAGCCGGAGAAAGCCCAACCCGUUCCAGAACAAGGAGCGAUGAAUGCCCUGGGCGAGCUUUUUGAAUCUCGCCUGGAUCAGUUUGCGGGUUCUUCCGAACAAGCUUGGCUCCAAUCUCCUGCUGCACGAGACUUCAUACGACAACAGUUAAGAGCCUCAAUGUCUGACGUCCUCCAGCGGAUGAAGCCCGUGGCCAGUCCGUCUAUGGCUCUGGGUGGUCCUUCAGUCGAAGUAUCUCCAUAUUCAGUACCUCCAUAUUCAGCGGUUCCGUCAGAAGCGGCGCGAAGAGGUUCGAUUUCACUCACUCCAACUACCUCGGUAGCGCAUUCGCCGAUUAAUGGUGAGGGUUCUGUGAGCAGGUCGAGUUCCGACGCACAGUUCUUGCUCCCUAGCCAUCGCAGAAGCUUCAGCAGGCCAUUUCCUUCACGGAAUGUAGAACGAGAGGGUUCUCUGCGGCUGCUGGAUGAGACGGGCUAUCAACCAUUACAUCAAAUCAAUAAUCUUUCUGGUCCUGAGACUUUCCCGAUAACUCCGAACCAUGAUCCAGAAAAUGAUCAAUAUGAUGAAGAAUGCCAUAGUUGGACUCAGGGAGAUGAGCGAGGACUUGCUCUUUCAAGUGACUUCAACUUUGACUUUGAUGCUGGUCUUGGGGUGACAGUCAAUUCUUCAGGCCCAGAUAUCAUGCCGCGACCACCAACGACAGGCCAGGCCUUUACUCCAGUAAGGCUCGCCAGUCUUGAACCUAUGUCCAAUAAUCAAGCAGCUGUCAACUCAGGCCUCAAGGCAAAUCACUCCAACGCUUCUUCCCUCGACUCUGGAUAUGGAAGUCUUCGCUACCCAAGAGGAAGGCAAAAGGGUGGCGGUGACGGUGACGGUGACGGCGUGGCAGACGAUCGACAUUCCAGUCCUGUACCUGAGUCGGCCAUCAAUUGGUCCGCGUUGAAUACGUCGCUUGAAGAAUUUAUUGGCGGUGCUGUCGAGUCUGGUAUGGAUGAGUUUGGGAAUAUACCCUUCGAUACUUCAGGCUAUCACGCGAGGAAUUCUUCUUUUUAGGGUGGCCAAGUCUAUACGAUGUAAUGAUGAAGAGGAUAAUGAUCAUGUACUAUCAUUUCAGCAGCA